AUGGACAUUGCGUAUGACCAUAUCUUGGAGUCGAGUGUGGCAGAGGAACAGCGGACUACGCCUGCCCAACAAUCAAGCUUGAACGCCGACCUGCAGGAUGCCUACCGCACCAUCUCCUCGAGCGCAUGGGGCGCCCGGAUUGGGGGCUUCUUUGGGAGCGUCGUGAAGCAGGGCGAGGUCGUCUACCGCGAAGCGCAACAGGAACUCUCGGCCGUUGGGCAGGAUGCCACGCGCGGCUUCACGGACCUCCGGCAAUCCAUCAUCAACCACACACGAUCGCUGUCAUUGAACACAUCGGUUCCGUCCGCAGCGUCUUCCUCAAAUCAAGCGACCGGAGAAGCAGGCGAGAAUGCCGAGACCACACCCACAGCGACUAAGAACCUGUCAUCGGAGGACGCGAUCAAAGAAUCCGAGACUGUGCUGUCUCGGCUGCGGGACGAGGCUGCCAAGCGACUGAGGGAUCUCCAAAAGGCCGAGGAUGCAGCGGACGAGGCCCUACUCAGGUUUGGAUCAAACCUACGAGACUUCCUCCGCGACGCUAUCAAGAUCGCCCCUCCAAGCAGCGAUCAGACAGAAAACCAGUCCAGCACGGUCUUAUUUGAGAGCAAGGAUGCGCAUGGGAAGAGAGUAAUCCACACGUCGCGGUUCGAUGCGCAGCUUCAUGUGAUCCACACCUCGCCCGACAGCUUCACUAAGGACGGCACUGGGGCUGAGUUUGAGGCCUGGGUGAAGGACUUUGACAUCGACAAGAAGACGGAGGACAUCAGCAGCGACCUGGAAAAGUACCCGGAACUCAGGGCCACUAUGGAAAAGCUUGUUCCGGACCAAGUACCCUAUGCGGAAUUCUGGAAGAGGUACUACUUCCUCCGGCAUGGUAUUGAGACAGCUGAGGCACGGCGCAGGGAUCUAUUAAAAGCCGCUUCAGCGGAGGAGGAGGUUGGCUGGGACGAGGACUCGUCGGAAGAGGGCUCGUCCGACGACGACUCGGAAGACGAGCCCGAGCCCGAGCCCGAGCCUAGAAAAGCGCCAGAGGCUUCCCGCCGGCCUGGUUCGACGGAUUCCUCGACUACCAUCCACCCGCCUGCCGCCAAACAAGGUCUCUUGAAGCCCUCGGAGCCGCGCAAAUCCAACGACGAGAAAUCGCAGGCGGACAGUGAUGCGAGCUACGAUGUGGUUGGGGCCAGAUCGGGAGUUCCCAGUCAGGCUCCCAACAGCCCCAAGGACUCGAGGAAGGAUGAUGAUGAUAGCGACGAGGAAGAUUGGGAAUAA